CUCCGUUGGCCCCCUUUCCUCCUCCCCACCCCACCAGACCUAAAAUCCCAAAUCCAAUUCGCAGCACCGAGUCGAAUCGAAUCGAAUCAGCUCCGAGGAGGAGGAGGAGGAGAGGCGGGGCCGUACGGGUCCGGGCGCCGUACGGAUCGAGGGGCGGCGAUGGAGGGCGGGGUCGCUCUGGCGUCGUCGGUGACGACGGCGGUGGCGCCUCCGGGGCAGGGGGCGGGGGCGCCGCCGCCGUUCCUGAUGAAGACGUACGACAUGGUGGACGACCCGGCGACGGACGCGGUGGUGUCGUGGGGGCCGGCCAGCAACAGCUUCAUCGUCUGGAACACGCCCGAGUUCGCCAGGGACCUCCUGCCCAAGUACUUCAAGCACAACAACUUCUCAUCCUUCGUCAGGCAGCUCAACACAUACGGAUUCAGAAAAGUUGAUCCAGACAAGUGGGAAUUUGCAAAUGAGGGUUUUUUGAGAGGACAGAAACAUCUCCUGAAGACCAUCAACAGAAGGAAACCAUUGCAUGCAAACAACCAAGUGCAAGUGCAACAGCAGCAGCACCAGCAGCAGCAUCAGCAGCAACCCCAGUUGCAGAAUGCGCCAAUACCUUCUUGUGUAGAGGUGGGGAAGUUUGGGAUGGAGGAAGAGAUUGAGAUGCUGAAAAGGGAUAAAAAUGUUCUGAUGCAGGAGCUUGUCAGGCUGAGACAGCAACAGCAGACCACUGACCAUCAGCUGCAGACUUUGGGCAAGCGUCUUCAUGGAAUGGAGCAACGGCAGCAGCAAAUGAUGUCUUUCCUGGCUAAAGCAAUGCAGAGUCCUGGCUUCCUAGCACAGUUUGUACAGCAGAAUGAAAACAGCAAACGAAGAAUAGUAGCUGCCAACAAGAAAAGGAGGCUACCUAAGCAAGAUGAUGGCCUGAACCCUGAAAGCGCAUUGUUGGAUGGCCAGAUAAUCAAGUAUCAGCCUAUGAUCAAUGAAGCAGCCAAAGCAAUGCUGAGGAAGAUCCUACAGCAGGAUACCUCCCCACACAGAUUUGAAUCCAUGGGCAAUUCAGAUAAUCUGUUACUGGAGAACUGUAUGCCAAGUGCUCAAACUUUUGACAGCUCUUCAUCAACCCGGAAUUCUGCAGUCACCCUUGCAGAGGUCCCAGGCAACUCGGGCAUGCCAUAUAUGCCCACGAGCUCUGGACUUUCAGCAAUUUGUUCAUCGUCAAGCCCCCCUGAGAUGCAGUGUCCUCCAGUUCUGGACAGCAACUCAUCCACACAACUUCCCAACAUGAGUGCUGUGCCUUCUGUGCCAAAGGCUAUGACGCCAGGUCUAAGUGAUAUCAGUAUUCCAGGAUUCCCAGAUCUGCAUGAUCUCAUAACGGAGGACGCAAUUAAUAUUCCUGUAGAGAACUAUGCAAUGCCUGGUCCUGAGUGUAUAUUCCCCUUACCUGAAGGCAGUGAUGACUCUGUUCCCAUGGACCCCAUCGACACUGAUGAGAUCGAUGACACUCAGAAGCUUCCGGGCAUCAUUGAUUCCUUCUGGGAGCAGUUCCUUUGUGCCAGCCCUCUAUCUGUUGACAACGACGAGGUCGAUUCAGGUCUGCUGGACACACGGGAAGCGCAAGAGGAGAAUGGAUGGACCAGGACCGAGAACUUGGCGAAUCUCACGGAACAAAUGGGCCUGCUGUCGUCGAACCAUAGAGGGUGAGGUACUUACUCACAUCGACGCUCUCUCAAGGUGCCCUGGGAUCAAUCCUGGUAAUAAAACCCAUAUAGUUUAUCGUUACGCAAUCAUGCUGAACUGUGAAAUGCCUGUCGACAAACCGGCGUGGGAGAAUUCCGAUCUUUUUGUAUCUAAGGUUUUUGGCAGGCGUAAAAAUCUAACGACCGUGUGUUGUGUUUCUGCUGUACUUGUGUGGUUGCGACUAACACGGACUUCAACCCCAACAUGUAAAAGACUAGCUCCCUCGCGCUAUCCAGGGUCGCUGACACUUGGCACGUAAUCCAGAAAAAUGGUGGUGUUUGGCACUGUUGUACUCGUGUGUAUUACUGGUUUUUGGGUUAAUCUUUUCGCUGCUGCUGGGCCCAAGGCUUCUUCUAGGGUUGGUAGGAACCUCGUUUCUUUGCAUGGAGCCGAUGUUUCUUUUAUUGAAGGAGAGACCCUGAGUGAAAGAUGCAUAUAUGUGUAUUUUUUUCUUGUCGCAACUUGACCUGCUGAUCUGAUCCGAUCUUUUAUGAUGAAGAAGAGUACAUGCAUGAUGUUUUA